UCCUACAAACGUUGUACGUAGCGGUGCGUGCGGAGCGGAAUGCAGCAGAGAAUUGUAUUAGUUUUCAAUGUUUACGCAGUCGGCCGAUAGCAACGAAGGGCAAACUCUUAAUCGCUUAUUUUUAAAGUAAAAGUAAUCGAUGAUUUAAGUAAUCCAUUAUUUUUUAAUUAGAAUGCUUCAGUGCUCGAUACAUCGUCACGCAUUAAACUAAAACAUAGAUGUUUAUGACCUUUGUAAAGAAGAAAUUUUACACAUAAAAGUACUUUUUUUAUACGAUUCGUUAAGUUAAGGGGGGCUAAGGUUAUACGAGUAAAAAAAUGGCUCAAUGGCUUUGACAAUUUUUUGUGAAGAAACCGUAGCAUUGUAUCACGAACAUCUAGUUCUAUUUAGGAGAAGAUUUUUUAAAAACUUCAUCCAUGGCAUCAAAUUUAUGAAUGUGCGUCUGCGAAAAGGUACUUUUUUCGGUGCCUAUCGUAGCUACGUGAUGGCCCAUCAAAAAAAUACAAAUCAAUAUUCUUUUGAUAAAUUUUAAGUUCAUCCAGGCAGCACCGUCGAGUUUUUGUUGAAUUUCCUUUUUUUCGAGUUUUGGCAGAGUUUUGAAGUUGUAAAAGUUGCUCAAGUAAUAAUGUAAAACGACUUUCCGCUCCGCUUAUCCUUAAGCACUUCAUCUUAUCCUUAAGCUGGUUUCACAUCGAGAACGUUGUACGAGCGUUUUACGAGCGUUUUUUGACGCAAGUGGUCAAACCCCCUUUGUAUCAAACCAAAAUAUAUGGAAGUGGUCAAAAUUUAAAUGAAAUUAGCUAUUUUUCGGAGGUUUCGAUGCUUAAAGAGCUUAAAGUUAGCGUUUUCGUUUAAGAAUGUAUGUGAAAUCCACAAAUUGUGGCGUUUUCUGAAACGGCUGUAGGAGGGUACGCAAACAAUCCAGCGUUGCACUUGUAUUUUGCUAUUUGUGUGUAGAUUAAACUGUUUUUGAUCAUUCAAUAAGGUUCUGCUAUUGAGAUGAUGAUAUAUUUCGUGUGUUUUCGAUCGAUCUGCGUGCAAUCCCGAUCAGCGAGUUUAAGCUUUUGCGUAAAAAAACGCCAACUCUGGCGUGUUGAAAAACGCGCUCGAUGUGAAACCACCUUAAAUUUUUAUGAAAUCUCGACGGGGCUACCUGGCCAAUAGUGUAGAGAUUAUGUGUUAAAAAUUUCAAAUCGAUUGGUUCAGUAGUUUUUACCUUACGAUGGGCACCAACUUUGAAAACGUUGGUUUUGGGAAAUGCUCUUCAAAGUAGCGUGAUGCAUGGAGCAUUGUAUGAAACGCGGAUUUUCAAAAAUGUGUAUCUUUGUCAGUUUUACCUCGAUUGAUCCAACAAUUUUACACAAUACUCUUGAAAGUAUCAGCUUUCAGGAAAAAAUAUUAAAAAAUUUGUCAAAAAAAAAUUAAAUACCGAAGCCCCGCUUCGGCUCGACGAAAACUCGACGGGGCUACCUGGCAAACAGUGCGUACAGAUUAGGUGUUUAAAAUUUCAAAUCGAUCGGUUCUGUAGUUUCUAUGCUACGACGGGCACUGACUUUUAAAACCAAAGUUUUGGAACAAUUGGAUCAUACAUGAGGCGCGAUUUAAAAAAAUCAAUAACAUUGCCAGUUUUGCUUCGAUUAAUCAAAAGAACAAAAACACACAAUAUUCAUGAAAGGCUCGACAUUCAUGGAAAAAUGUUAAAAUAUUGGAUUUAAUAAAAUGAAACACCUUAGCCCCCCUUAAAGAUGGAAGCCUCUUGAAAAUGGAAGCCAACAAGAACAAACAAGAAUCAAGAAAGGUUUAACGUUGAGAAUGGCGAUAACAUCAUAAACAUAUUGGGAGUUAACGGGCAUGUUAGUAGCCAGAGCUAAUCGAUCAUAAAACUUUUCAUUGCCAUUGGAACAAAGGUGGAUUAAAUAAUUCGCUGGAGAUUUGGUACCAGAUCAAUCGACUCCAAAAAAAUGAUGGAUCGAAUUUCCAUUUACGAAAUCUAGACGAAUGAGUAAGUCAUAAUUGAGGCAUAUGCACGGGCAAGGCACUAUAAUGUAUCAAAAAAUCGUGCUCAAAUUGCGUUGAAACGGCUCAUAUGGCGACUAAACCUCCAAGAAGGUUCUGCGGUGCGUUUGGUCCUAUAAUGAUUUUAUUUAUCUCUCAAGAUCGGUCGGGUCGGUGAAGCUAGCAUUUCGUCGAUCAGAAAUGGACAGAAUGAGUCAAUAGAAUCGGUGUCGUGCUCGAUAAGCACAACGCAAAGCAACACGAGUGUUUAAUGGCUUGUCAGAAACACCAAGAGCUUCGUUGGAAUGUUCCCAUCACACUUAGUUGAAUUCAUGCAGUAACUGUUUACCAUCCCGUUUAUGCAUUACAACAUGUUCUUGGUAGUAAGUAACUGGAAUCACGAAAAGCCUGUGAUAAUCGAUUGUUCGAGUUUUUCGCCGAUAACAAACAAACUAUUUAUGACAAAGUGGUAAUGAAUUUAUCAUUAAAAAAGGGAACUAAUUAACCAACAGAACGAUUCAUAUUUAAUGUAAACCGGAUCAUUGGAGGUAUAUUAAAUAAAUCCUUGAACUUCACCUAAAAAUAAUGGAUUACUUUCUCCCAACCCAAUACAUCACAAAUUCGAAAUGUUCCAGAACUUUCAUGACUUUUUUAAUAUACUUACCAACUUUUUUAAUAAUUAGUUGUAGGCCAAUUUAUAUUGUGUCACCACACUACAAUGCAGCAUUCUAUACCGAAUUGUACAUUAAAAUAUAAAAAUCCGUCAGAAAAACGUUUCGAAUAUUCGUAAUACAUAGAUACCCUAUUUCACGAAUAUAAUGGCAAAGUAUAUGGCUUAGCAUGUAAUGGGAAAGCAUAGAGACAAAAUCCAACCUUAUUGAUUAUUUAGACACUUGGCUAACACCUUAAGGUUACUAGUUCAGGUAACAUUUCGUAGCUGAUUUCAAAAAUAGAGCAGCUUAAAAUCACUCCCGUCCAGUAUUCUAUCUAUGAAAAAGAUACGUAACUAUUUUUUUUAUUGAAUGGAGGGCUUCGAAUUUUUAAGGAUAUUUUUUGUUAUCUUUAGGCAUAGUUCAGCGAAAAAAUUUUAAUAAUAAAUCUGUGUGAUUGCUUUAUCAAAAGUGUAAUCAUCAUUGUUGAACCGAUUACCUCGUAGGUUAUUUCGUAAUAAUCGGUGAUUGUAUUAACAACUGAAGAUACAUGAACAUACUACAAACAUUAUGUGAACUAAAACGCCAAGAAAAAGCUUUAUAUUAAAACAUAAUUCCAGACACACUUACAUUUUUCAUACAUUAUAAGAUAAAGGGAAUAAAUAAUAUUGAAAUUAACUAUAAGUUAAACACAGAAAGUAGUAAACGAAAACAAAAAAGCCCGUAAAAUAUUAUGGAAUUCAUCGGGAAAAUUCUAUGAUUUACUAACAUUAUUUAGGUGCUUAUUCUGUACCAGGCGAUUUCGA